CCUGCCGCGGCUGCAGCCGGAGCCGAAGGUGGCGGCUGCACAGUAGACGCCCCCUCACGGAUUCCCCCACACGCUCCCGCCCCCUCGCUCGCCCACUGCGCCUCCCUCGCAGGCUCCGCCGUCCUCCUCCGUAGACGCAUUCCCCCUCGGACUCUUAUUCCCUUUUUCACGGAGCCCCGCGCUCUCGUGAGCCCCCUCGAAGAACCUGGUCUCCGCAUCCACUUCCCAUCUCCUGCCUCAGAGGCCAUCCGAGCUCUUAGCACCUCUCCCCUCAGCACCCCCCCGUUGCGCCCGCCCCGCGUCGCCUCGCUCCCUCCCGCCCCCCCAUCAUCCCUUCCCUCACAGUUCCCCUGUCCUGAGGGCAUCCCCGGCACGGGCGGCGCGGCAGCGGUAGGAGGGAGAAAGUGAAGGGGUAGCUUGCACACACUCUCGCCCUCACUCCCGGCUCGGCGGCACCCACCAUCGGGAGGAGGAGGAGGAGCCGAGAGGAGCUGAGCGAGCGCGGAAGUAGCUGCUGCUGGUGGUGACAAUGUCAAAUAACGGCCUAGACAUUCAAGACAAACCCCCGGCCCCUCCGAUGAGAAAUACCAGCACUAUGAUUGGAGCUGGCAGCAAAGAUACUGGAACCCUAAACCAUGGUUCUAAACCUCUGCCUCCAAACCCAGAGGAGAAGAAAAAGAAGGACCGAUUUUACCGAUCCAUCUUACCUGGAGAUAAAACAAAUAAAAAGAAAGAGAAAGAGCGGCCAGAGAUUUCUCUCCCUUCAGAUUUUGAACACACAAUUCAUGUUGGUUUUGAUGCUGUCACAGGGGAGUUUACGGGAAUGCCAGAGCAGUGGGCCCGCUUACUUCAGACAUCAAAUAUCACUAAGUCGGAGCAGAAGAAAAACCCGCAGGCUGUUCUGGAUGUGUUGGAGUUUUACAACUCAAAGAAGACAUCCAACAGCCAGAAAUACAUGAGCUUUACAGAUAAGUCAGCUGAGGAUUAUAAUUCUUCUAACGCCUUGUGCCUUGCAACCUGUUGGAUCCUUUCUUACCGACUCUCUGAAUCCUCACAGGAGCUUACUGAGAAUGUGAAGGCUGUGUCUGAGACUCCUGCAGUGCCACCAGUUUCAGAAGAUGAGGAUGAUGAUGAUGAUGAUGCUACUCCACCACCAGUGAUUGCUCCACGCCCAGAGCACACAAAAUCUGUAUACACACGGUCUGUGAUUGAACCACUUCCUGUCACUUCAACUCGAGACGUGGCUACAUCUCCCAUUUCGCCUACUGAAAAUAACACCACUCCACCAGAUGCUUUGACCCGGAAUACUGAGAAGCAGAAGAAGAAGCCUAAAAUGUCUGAUGAGGAGAUCUUGGAGAAAUUACGAAGCAUAGUGAGUGUGGGCGAUCCUAAGAAGAAAUAUACACGGUUUGAGAAGAUUGGACAAGGUGCGUCAGGCACCGUGUACACUGCAAUGGAUGUGGCCACAGGACAGGAGGUGGCCAUUAAGCAGAUGAAUCUUCAGCAGCAGCCCAAGAAAGAGCUGAUUAUUAAUGAGAUCCUGGUCAUGAGGGAAAACAAGAACCCAAACAUUGUGAAUUACUUGGACAGUUACCUCGUGGGAGAUGAGCUAUGGGUUGUUAUGGAAUACUUGGCUGGAGGCUCCUUGACAGACGUGGUGACAGAAACAUGCAUGGAUGAAGGCCAGAUUGCAGCUGUGUGCCGUGAGUGUCUGCAGGCUCUGGAGUUUUUGCAUUCGAACCAGGUCAUUCACAGAGACAUCAAGAGUGACAAUAUUCUGUUGGGAAUGGAUGGCUCUGUCAAGCUAACUGAUUUUGGAUUCUGUGCACAGAUAACCCCAGAGCAGAGCAAACGGAGCACCAUGGUGGGAACCCCAUACUGGAUGGCACCAGAGGUUGUGACACGAAAGGCCUAUGGGCCCAAGGUUGACAUCUGGUCCCUGGGCAUCAUGGCCAUCGAAAUGAUUGAAGGGGAGCCUCCAUACCUCAAUGAAAACCCUCUGAGAGCCUUGUACCUCAUUGCCACCAAUGGGACCCCAGAACUUCAGAACCCAGAGAAGCUGUCAGCUAUCUUCCGGGACUUUCUGAACCGCUGUCUUGAGAUGGAUGUGGAGAAGAGAGGUUCAGCUAAAGAGCUGCUGCAGCAUCAGUUCCUGAAGAUUGCCAAGCCCCUCUCUAGCCUCACUCCACUGAUUGCUGCAGCAAAGGAGGCAACAAAGAACAAUCACUAAAACCACACCCACCCCAGCCUCAUUGUGCCAAGCCUUCUGUGAGAUAAAUGCACAUUUCAGAAAUUCCAACUCCUGGUGCCCUCUUCUCCUUGCCUUGCUUCUCCCAUUUCCUGAUCUAGUGCUCUCAAGACUUUGAUCCUUGGAAACCAUGUGUCCAGCAUUGAAGAGAAUGGCAACUGAAUGACUAAUCAGAUGAUGGCCACUUCUAAAUAAGGAAUUUCCUCCCAAUUCAUGGAUAUGAGGGUGGUUUGAUUAAGAGUUUAUAUGAAUAAAUGUUUCUAGUCUCCCAUAUGGCAAAAUCCUCACCUCCUUCAUAACCAUCCCCUAUAAUUAAUUCUUGACUAUAUAAAUUUAUGGUUUGAUAAUAUCAAUUUGUAAUCAGUUGAGAUUUCUUUAGUGCUUGCUUUUCUGUGACUGAACUGCCCAGACGCCUCAUUAUACUUGAAAACUGGAACAGCUUGGGAAUGCCAUGGGGUUUGAUAAUCUGCCAGGGACAUGAAGAGGCUCAGCUUCCUGGACCAUGACUUUGGCACAGCUGAUCCUGACAUGGGAGAACAACCACAUUUUUCUUUAUAUGUGCUUCUAGCAGCUGUUUGGGAGGACCUUGACCCAAUAGUGUUCCCAUGCUGUUUCUUGUGAAAUGCUCUCGGCUAUGUAGCAGCUUUUGAUUCCCUGCAUACCCUAGGCUGCUGCCCCUAUCUUGUCCCUUGUUUAUAACAUUGAGAGGUUUUCUAGGGCACAUACUGAGUGAGAGCAUUGUUGAGAAGUCAGGGGAAAAAAGGUGACUACUUUUAGAGCAAGGCUGGGCAUCAGCACCUAUCCAGCUCUACUUGUGUGAUGUUUCAGGAACUCAGCCCCUUUUUCUGCCUAGGGUAAGGAGCUGAAAGAUUAACUUGGAUCUUCUAAUGGUCUAAAUCUUUUGGUCUCAAUGAAGAGUCUCCAGAUUAGAGACUGCAUGUUAGUUCUGGAUGGAUUUGGCAGCCUGACAUGAUACCCUGCCAGCUGGGAGGGGACCCUGUUUUUAAGAUGCAUGGCCAAGCUCUCUGCCAAUGGAAAUGCUUACAUUGGGCAUUGGGGAUGUUUGCUACCUCCUGCUAUUUGUGUGGUUUUGGUUCUCCCACUAUGGUAGGACCCCAGGCCAGCAUUGUGACUUGUCAUGUCAGCCCCAUUGACUACCUUCUCAUGCUCUGAGGUACUACUGCCUCUGCAGCAUAAAUUUCUAUGUCCGUCAAUAAAAGGAGAUGAAAGUAUUC